AUGACGAAUAUUUACAUAUACGUCUCCACGUCUGAAAGAUAUGAUCAAAGCGUCACAAACAACAAGAGUCCCAUGUGGGCCUUACUACGUGAGGCUGGCGGACAAUGGUUUUAUGGUACAUCACGUUAUGUUUAUAUAAGCCAAGCCACGCGGCCGCCUUUCUCCCCUUCUUCAUUAGGCUGGGACAUGUUGUUAAGUGGAGCGGACACUUUGGCGGAGACAGGAGCCUCGCUCACGCGACGUCGCGUGAGUGGAGGCUCGCGUCAUGCUCCACAAUCAAUACGCGCGCACACAGCUGCACUGAGAAGUGUAAUGGCGGCAAGAGCGAUCUGUACACAGGCUAUCACGACCAAAUCCCGCGAAGAUGGUCUUGAAUCCUCGUCCAGCAACCCAUCACUGAAAUAG